GGACAAGCCUUUGGAGAAUGAUGCAGAGGGCGUGUGGAGCCCUGAUAUUGAACAAAGCUUCCAGGAGGCGCUGGCCAUCUACCCGCCCUGUGGUCGCCGCAAAAUCAUCCUCUCUGACGAGGGCAAGAUGACGGAAUGAGCUGAUAGCGCGCUACAUCAAACUGCGAACGGGGAAGACGCGGACGAGGAAACAGGUGUCCAGUCAUAUUCAAGUACUGGCACGAAGGAAGGCUCGGGAGAUACAGGUGAAACUAAAGGACCAGGCAGCCAAAGACAAGGCCCUCCAAAGCAUGGCCAACAUGUCAUCAGCACAGAUCAUCUCACCUACUGCCUUCCAGAACAAAAUGGCCCUGCAGAGCCUCUCGCGGCCGGCGUAUCCAACUGCCGGUGGGUUUUGGCAUGGAGCACUCCCAGGCCAACCAGCACCUAAUGAAGACAUCAAGCCAUUUUCACAACAGAACUACGUCAUGCAAGCAACAGGUCCAUCUAUCACAGGGUAUGAGAGUGCAUCUGGUCUGUCUAUGUCCCCUAGUGCCCCCUCUUGGCAGGGCAGAAGUAUAGCUAGCUCUAAACUUCGAAUGUUGGAGUUCUCAGCCUUUCUGGAGCAACCACAAGACCCAGAGAAUUUCAACAAGCACUUGUUUGUGCACAUUGGUCAGUCAAACCCAGCAUACUCCGACCCUUAUUUGGAGGCGGUAGACAUCCGGCAGAUCUACGACAAAUUCCCAGAGAAGAAAGGAGGUCUGAAGGAGCUGUUUGAGAAAGGACCAGUGAACGCGUUCUUCCUCGUCAAGUUCUGGGCGGAUCUCAGCGUGAACCUCCAGGAUGACAGUAGCUUUUUCUACGGCGUCUCGAGCCAGUACGAGAGCUCCGAAAACAUGAUCAUCACUUCCUCUACUAAAGUCUGCUCCUUCGGCAAGCAGGUGGUGGAAAAAGUGGAGACGGAGUAUGCGCGCUUUGAGAAUGGCCGAUACGUGUUCAGGAUCCACAGGUCGCCUCUAUGUGAAUACAUGAUCAACUUCAUCCACAAACUCAAACAUCUACCGGAGAAAUAUAUGAUGAACAGCGUACUGGAGAACUUCACUAUACUACAGGUUGUUACGAACAGGGACACUCUGGAAACGUUGCUGUGCGUGGCUUACGUGUUCGAAGUGUCGACCAGCGAGCACGGCGCCCAGCAUCACAUCUACAGACUGGUCAAAGACUGAUCCACAGAGGCUCAGGCCAUCAGAUUCCCUUUUUAUUUUGUGCCACUACAACUACUACUGCUACAACUACUACAGUUCAAAAAGCACCACAGCGCCCCCUACUGACUGCUUUUUUUCCAGUCAGGGAAGACCAGUGCAUUGGGGUGAACGUCUACCACAGAACAUUGCUGUCCAGUGGCCUGAGCAGACGAGGCUUCACUACAGGAACCAUACAUAUGGGAACCAUUGGAACGCCUUGAGAAUGUCAGGAGCUCACAGUGCAUGUUGUUGUAACAGGCAUUUUGUGUUCUCUUUUUGUAUUACAGAACCUCUGUUUAGAAAGAAAAUGCAUGAAGAUGUUUUUUUUUUUCUUUAUUUUGCUUCCUCUUCUUUAAUCCAGUUUUACUCAAGAGUGUUUGUUAUGUCUUUUCACACAGUUGCAUGUGUGACAUCCUGUCUGGCGCUCACCUAGUGACCACAGAUCUCGAUCAAAUCUUGUGUUGACUCCGAAGUGCAGAAAAAGGAACGGUACACCAAAGUUUUGUUCAGCUCGAUUCUGCGUAAUCAUUUCACAGUAUUGCAAGCAACGUCUGUAAAGCAAGACAAUGUGGUAUUUAAAAAUUUCUUGUUUAAAAUAGCUUCGGUUUAGGAAGUUUGGCGUUCCCGAGCUGAAUUCGGUGUAUUAAAUCAUGAGGAGAAAAACAUCUUAGAUGUGCAAGGGGUCUUUCAAGACUGGAGCUGAAAACUACUGACAUAUACUGUUUGAUUUUAAUUCAUUAUGUACUAUUUAUCAUUUAUAAAAAAAAAAGAAAGAAAUCAUGAGGUAUUCUUUUUUAAAUUGAAGCAGAAUUCUGUCGCAUGUGCAGAAAUGGACAGAACGAAAGCCAAAAAGUGUCCCAGGAUGAGAAGAAAACACGGGAUAAGAAAUGUGGAACUUUGUGGGAAUCUACCAAAAAUAACCUUUUUUGAAAAAAUGAAAUUAAAUGAAGAUAAUGUCUCUGA